UAUUAAAGGGAUUAUGUGUUGUAAGAACUGUGUGAGGCAAAAUAUGGCUGAUUAUAAUGUUUUUUAAUUAGAGGAAUGAGUUGCGAUGGAGCUAAAACUCUAGAAUACGAUCACAGCUGCCAGUAAAACCCCAGAGAAGAAGAAAAGGGGAAGAAGACGAAGAAGAAGAAGAAGGCAGCUAACUGUAGCCCACUGUUUACAACCGGUGAUAUUCGUGAAGACUUGACUUCGGUGUAAUGCGAGCUCCCCUGAGGUGGGUGCUAUGGGAUGUGAAGGACACCCUGCUGAAGGUGCGUUUGUCUGUGGGAGAGCAGUACUGCAUGGAGGCUGAACGAAUGGGCUUGAGUCUCAAUCCCCUGGAGGUCGACGCUGCUUUCCGCCAUGUGUAUCGAAAUUAUUCCCGCAGAUACCCAAACUAUGGCAUCACACAAGGCCUAGGUGGACAGUCUUGGUGGAUGGGGGUAGUGCGGGACACUUUCUCCCAGUGCAGGGUGCAAGAUCCAGCCCUGCUAAAUACAAUGGCUCACAACCUUUAUCAUAAUUUCUGCAAUGCAGAGAACUGGGAGGUAUUUCCAGACUCAAAGAAGGCCCUGGAGAGUUGUUCUUCUCUAGGACUGAAGCUGGGUGUGGUUUCCAACUUUGACAGCCGCUUAGAAACUAUUUUAUGUGUUUGUGGCCUGCUGACUCACUUCAGUUUUUUGAUAACAUCAGAGGAGGCAGGUGUUGCAAAGCCCAAUCCAGUCAUCUUUGAUCAGGCACUGCAGAAAUGUGGUGUACCAGCUGCCAGUGUAGCUCAUAUUGGGGACCACUAUGUGAAUGAUUACCUCACCCCUCGGUCUGUGGGAAUCCACGGGCUCCUAUUAGACAGACACAGCAAGCAUAACCAACCUGAGGUUCCUCGAGAGCAUCGACUCAGCUCCCUGGAGGAACUGCCGUCAUGGCUUCAGCAGCACAGGAACUAAUGCCAAACAGUCAUGGGCUCAUGUGCAAAGGUACUCAGUCUCACUGUGGUGCAGUUUAAGACAUAAUGUAAGGGAUGUAGCCAUGUUCACCUGAGUAAACCCAACCAAUUCAUCACUCUUCGCAUAACAGAUUAAAAUGCUCCUGAUAGAAAUGUACAGAGAAAUCCAGAAUAAUAUAUAAACUGUAUGUAAUUUUCAUGCAUUUUUACUGUAAAUAAA